GUACCGUCGAGAUCAAUUAGGUUUGGGCUUUUAUCAUAUCUUGCAGCCCACACCGGAUGCCGAAGAGGCCAAGAGGGGUCGUAAGAGAAUGGGUCCAUUACUAAAACCUCAAAACUCUGUAGCAGAAGCUUUCUCCAUGGUUGUUCAACUCCUAAACCCCUAGCAAAAUAGUGUUGUUGGAAGCAGAGCAGUAAGCAAAGGCUUCGAAAAAUUUCUCUCCUGUCACGCAAUAGUCCCUUCCCGAUUUCGUUCUCCUGCUCGUAUUAAUCGGACAUGGAAGAGGAGUUGGUAUUUGCGUCUUCUUCAAUUGGCUCCGCCAUUGGCUGCUGGGCCAUCGAAUCUGGAAAAGAGCAGCAACUUCCCAACAAAUCCUGCGGAUCUACUCCGCCCCACGGCCUUUCCUUCGUCGGCAACCGUUUCCUUGCGUCUUCCCAAUUCUCAGACCAUACAGCCUCUUUCGGUUCAAUUAUUUACUGUUCCUUGUCCAAGCGGCAAGCGGAGGUGAAGAGCUUUCUAGGAGAGCCCAUAAAGCCUAUCGCUGCUACUAGUGAUGGGACGUAUCUAGUUGGUGGAGGGAUCUCUGGAAACAUCUAUCUCUGGGAGGUUCCAACCGGUAGGCUGCUUCAGCAAUGGCAUGCUCAUUUGAGGCCUAUCACGUGCCUGGUAUUCAGUGAUGACGAUUCGCUUCUGGUUUCGGCGGCCGAGGAUGGUUGUGUUAGAGUCUGGCCUCUUUUGACGGUGGUUGGUGUUCAACAAAGAGAUCAAGCAAGUAAUCUCUACUUGCAUAGCUUUGCAGAGCACACUUUGCCUAUAACUGACUUGGUAAUGGGACACGGGGGCGGGAAUGCUGUUAUCAUCUCAGCUUCCGAGGACAGGAGUUGCAAGCGCUUGACUCUUGGGAACUAGUGUUCUAUGCUGGUGGUAGAGACGGAAAUGUAUAUACUGCUGCACUAAAUGCUAUUACCUUGGACAAAAGUGAUUGGCCUCACAUUAUAAGCUCUUUUCCUAGUCAAAGGUCAGUAAUUUCUUUCCAUUUCAUUCUAACGUCUAUAGCUAGAGGACUAGCAUGUCUGGUCAAUCAUUCACUUGAGUUGCAUUGGCUGUUUCUUUCCCUCACCCGUUUCAUUUGAUUCCCUUUUCCAGAGAAUGUAAGUUCAAUGUAUUCUGGCUUACCACUUUGUUGUUCAUUGUUUUGAGCAGCAAUGCUGUGACUUCCUUAGCAUACAGUGGCAGUAGGAACAAGUUGCUUGCUGGAUUGGAUGAUGGGUUCAUUCGAGUUUGGGAUCCCAAGACGCGUGACUUUGUUUGCAAAUUCAAACAAGCAAAAGGUCUGUGUGCAUUAUUACCCGAGCUGCUUUCAGCUCUUUUCCAUGCUGGCUUUGUGAGUUGUUUUUUUAUUUAUCUUUGACCACAAAAUAUCCAUUGUUUGAUGGUUAUCUGAUCUUUCAUGAGGCAGGUCCCGUGAAUAAUAUCCUAGUCAUGAAGCAACCUCAAUGCGUAAAUCCUUGGAUGUCAGCAUUUACUGCACUUGAUUCAGGAGGGCCGAAAUAUUGCUACCACCUCCCAAACUGCAGAAAUACCUAAACUUGUCAGAUGACCUCUCACUCGCUCAUGCAGUCAUUAAGCUGCCACGGAUUUAUAAUAAUCCUCCCGCAGUAUGUUCUUUCACCCUUCAAAUGAUUGACAGUCAACUUAAAGGACCUGAGGUUGGUAACACUUCGUUCUUCUUGAUUCUUUACUGUGGUUCACCAUAAAAUUCUUUCGUUACCCAUGACAAAUAAUCUGCCUGUGUUGCUGUAUCCUGUUUCAGCAGAAUGAUUGUUCAGCGGCGGCGAAGAUUGAAGUGGAGAAGCUGAAGCAUGAUUGUGCAGAGUAUAAGCAAAUGCUUAAUAAGUGGAAGAGGAGGUAUGAUGCUCUGCAUGAAUUCUGCAUGGACGAGUUGUUUGGGGGAGAUAGACCCCCCCAAAAGGUUGGUCAGGCAUUUCAGUAGUGAUCCCAAAAGUAAAUCAUUUGGGGAAAACUCGGGCUAGAGUUUUUGUAGUAGUAGUUCGUUUCGCUUCAUCCCCGUUCUGGUCAUUACCGUUUAUUUGGGUUAAUUGCAUGGUUGUUCACUGAGAUUACAAAAAACGUUUAAGUUUGACCACUCGAAAUAUUUAAAUCCAUCGGUGGUACUUCAGUUUACUAAAACCGUUCAGUUUACUAAAACCGUUCACGUUUGGUCACUCUCCGUCCAACUCCAUUAACUUUAGCUGAUGUGGCAGUUAACUCUCAAAGUUAACCGUUAACUUAGUGAAAUGACAAUUAAAAAAUAAUAAAUAAAAUAAAAUAUAAUCUAUUUUAUUAUCCAACUCAUUUUUAUCAUAAAAAAAAAUCAUUAUAAUUAUCAAAAGUACAGUGCAGCCGCUGAUCCUGCUGCCGUGCUCGUAGCCUCCGUCGCAAAAGGGGUGCUCGACCGCUUUGACUGAAGUGUUGCAGAGGACCGCCGAUCGCAGCACCAUAGCCCCCGCAAGGGCUAAGCUUUCUCACUCCACCAGGCCAACAGCUACAUUCGUCGCUCUAGCUAGGGACCUCCGACAAAUUCCUUCCUCUCGCGGUCCGCAAUAACCAAAACGCGUCGAACAACAGGCUCAACGCGCGCAGAUCCGCGAUGAUGAACUCACUGGUGAGAAUCGGAGGCGUGGAAGGCAACCUGGUGAAAAGAGCGUUGGCAGCGUUGAUCUGGCCGAGCUCUCACCCACAGAGGCGCCGCGCGGUGUUCCCGGCGAGGACGAGCCGACUCAACUCCAUGUCCAAGCAAGAAUCGUAACGGUUUGUGGAAAGCAAAUGAACUCUCUGAAUUUUUUUCGGCGACGAGGGUGUCAGAUCUCGGUCAAAGCCGGUUUGACUGAAGAGGUCGGGGAAGUUCUGAGGAGAAAUUGCAUGGAAUUUUCCUUUUUAGUCUGUUAUCUCAGUCUUCCAGCAAUGCUUAGUUAACUCCAAUUUUAUGCUAAUUCCUCGUCACCGUUCACCUGUCCGUCGCCUUGCUUCCUGUGUAGUGUGUUUUGGUUGUGGUUGCUCCCUUCGUCGUUCACCCGUCCUCCGCACGGCGGCGAGGAUCAGCAGCUGCACCUCAUAAUUAUAAUAUUUUUUGAACUUUUAUUUAUUUAUUUUAUGAUAAAAUGAGUUGGACAUUAAAAUAGAUUAAAUUUU